AUGUCCGCCGAGCGCAAGAACUGGGACAAGGGCGAGUGGGCGGACAAGGCGCGUCAGCGCGACGCCGAGGCAGCAAAGCACGCCAAGGCGCGCGACCAGGCCAUGAAGGAGGGCAAGAAGUACGUCCCGCGCGACGACCUGCCCGCGCCCACAGCGACCGCCCAGGCACACGGCGCACUCAACCUCUCCAAGAACCUGAACAAGACGGUGCUCUCGCAAGUCUCCUCUCAGCGCGGACCGGGGUUCUACUGCGAACUGUGUAACCGGACCUUCAAGGACUCGCUCUCCACUCUUGCGCAAGUCCGCGAGAAGAUCAGAUUGCUGAGAGAGCAAUCCCAGGCCAAGGUCGAUGCGAAGAAUUACGAUUUCGAGAAACGUAUUGCCGAGGUUAGAGGACAAGAAGAGGAAAAGAGGAGGAAGAGGAGAGAGGAGAGGAAGAGGAAGAAGGAGCAGAGGAAGCGGGAAUGGGAGCUCGAACAGCGCGGGAUUGACCCCAAGGCUGUCAAGGAUGGAGAUGUCGUCAUGGAGGAGGAGCAGAUGAGUAUGGAGGCCAUGAUGGGCUUUGGCGGGUUUGGGAGCAGUAAGAAGUAG